AUGGCCGCCGACAAUACGCUGCCCGUCGACCACGCCCUGCCCCUGCCAUGGGUCUCCAAUCCCGUGGCACAGCGAGUGCUGAGGUACUCUCAGGUCGCCUACCCUAUUGUCAUGCUCCUCCUAUACCUGAUCACCUUCACCAUCCGCAGCGUGCUUACUGCGAGCAAAGAUGAAGACGCCGCGCACGAACCGGAGCAGCUCGGGCCCGGCGGAAAGCCAUUGCCGUUGAGGAAGAACAACCAGCCCAAGAAACAGUCCAGCAUCCCACACGACUUGGACUUCAGCCGGCCGCGAAAGCUGCUGUUUGAAUGGCUAUCGGUGGGAGUCAUCCUCAGCUUUGGUGCCAAUAUCGUGGUGACCAUCGUGCAUGCCCUGCUUGCCCGUAAGGAGAGAUGGUGGUGUGGAGAGGCACCUACGAUCUAUUUGAUUGGAUCGUUCAUGGUAUACACCCUCCUAGUGAUCCACAUGAUUGAUUCCUGUCCAUCGCCCACCGCGGCCCACUUUGUGACAUGGCUGGCGGCGUUGCUCAUGGAGCUUAUCCUUCUCGGAUCCUCCUUUGCCCUCUACACCUCGGAACACCGUGAACCCAAGGCCGGUCAUCCGCAUGGAGGAGUACUACGAAGGGAGAUGACUGAAUGGGAAAUCACCGAAGUAACGAUCGACAUCGUUCGUGUCUUCCUCCUACUGGCUUUGAUCGGCUUCUAUGCGUUGUUCGUGUACCUACAAGGUGUAGGCAAGAAGAAGAACGAUGAUGACGCCGAAGAGCGCACUGCCCUACUAUCGGCAAAUGGAACCGCUCAGAACGGAGGUGCCAACGGGAACGGGAAUGGUGUUUGUGCUGGAUAUGGGACUCAGAACGGAAAGCCUGCUGAUCCCCAAGGCCGCCACGAAGAAAUUCCCGCUGGCUGGGAGAAGCCCACGCAGACACCGUCUCGGAGCUGGUGGGAGUACAUUCGUGCUUACGCCAUCUUUCUCCCCUACAUUUGGCCGGCCAAGAACCGCAUGCUCCAGCUCAACUUCGUGGCAUGCUUUAUCAUUGUUAUCGUCCAGCGUGCCAUCCAAUUAUUGGUGCCCAUUCAAGUCGGUAUCAUUACGGAUAUCCUUGCCGGCAAACAUGGACACGAAGUCUACAUGCCAUGGGCUGCCAUCGGAGUCUACAUCUUAUAUCGCAUAUUCCAAGGAUCAAACGGCCUCCUUGGUGCUGCAAGGCAGGUCUUGUGGAUACCGAUCGAGCAGUAUUCGUAUCGGGAAUUAUCUGUAGCUGCCUUUGAGCAUGUGCAUAUGCUCAGUUUGGAGUUUCAUCUCGGCAAAAAGACGGGUGAGGUUCUUUCUGCCCUCGGCAAGGGAGCCUCCUUGAACACCUUCCUGGAGUCGGUUACGUUUAAUGUGCUUCCGAUGUUGGUGGAUCUUGGCGUUGCACAGGUCUACUUUCUCAUCAGAUUCGAUGCCUACUACGCUCUCGUGAUCGCCGUGGUCACUUUCUGGUACAUCUACAUUACAAUCCGGAUGGCCUCUUGGCGUGCAGACAUUCGUCGGCAAGCUACAAAUGCUAGCAGAGAGGAGGAUGCCGUCAAGAACGACUCGAUGAUGUCGUACGAAACCGUGAAAUACUUCAAUGCUGAAGAUUACGAGUUCAACCGCUAUCGUGAGGCGGUCAACAAGUAUCAAAAGGCUGAGUAUCUGGUCACAUUUUCGUUGGCGCUCAUGAACACCGUUCAGAACCUGGUUUUCAUGCUAGGACUGAUAGUGGUCUGCUUCAUUGCAGCUUAUCAAGUCACGACCAACUUUCUGAGCGUCGGUGACUUUGUUGUGCUUCUCACAUACAUGACCCAACUGCAAGGUCCACUAAACUUCUUCGGAACCUUCUACAGGAUGAUCCAGAACAACAUGAUCAAUUCCGAACGCAUGCUAGAGCUAUUCAAGGAGCAGCYGACAGUCACUGAUAGCCCUGAUGCCAAAACCUUGCCAAGCUGCGAAGGCGAGAUCCGCUACAACGACGUCAAAUUCUCUUACGAUAAUCGAAAGCCGGCACUUCAAGGCCUCUCUUUCACUUGCGCACCGGGAACUACAACUGCGUUGGUGGGUGAAUCCGGAGGGGGCAAGUCCACGGUAUUCAGGCUUCUUUUCCGGUUUUACAAUGCAGAAUCAGGCACGAUUCAGCUUGAUGGGCACGACGCGGAGAGCGUGACCAUUGACAGCCUGAGGCAGCACAUAGGAGUGGUCCCGCAAGAUACGGUUCUUUUCAAUGAGACACUCAUGUACAAUCUCAAGUACGCCCGGCAGGACGCGACUGAUGAGGAAGUGUACGCGGCAUGCAGGGCUGCGAGCAUCCACGAGAAGAUUCUCGGCUUCCCCGAUGGAUAUGAGACCAAGGUCGGCGAGCGUGGCCUCCGGCUCUCCGGAGGAGAAAAGCAGCGGGUUGCCAUUGCCCGCACAAUCAUCAAAGACCCUAGGAUCAUUCUGCUGGAUGAGGCGACCGCAGCCCUAGACACGGAAACUGAAGAGCACAUCCAAGAAGCCCUAAAGACUCUUGCACAAGGCCGCACGAUGCUCGUCAUUGCACAUCGCCUGAGCACCAUUACAAUGUGCGACCAGAUUCUGGUGUUGCACGAAGGCAAAGUGGCGGAGAAAGGCACGCAUAUGGAGCUAUUGGCCAAGAAAGGCAGAUAUGCGGGCAUGUGGAAGAAGCAAGUCCGAGCGCAGCGUGCUGCUGAGGAAGCCAAGGUUCUGAAGGAUAAGGCCGAUAGACUGAGGCGAGAAAGUAUGGACAGCAGCGCCGCUCGAGGUCGCAACGCCCGGGACGAAGAAACACCUCCCAGCAGCGACGAGGACGAGCACCGAAGUGCUUACCGGCGAGAGCAAAGCGAGCUUCAACGUUCUCUCUCACUGCCGGCCAAUUCCGCGAUUCCGCAAGCGCAGAUAUCUUCGGCAUUGAGCGGAAGAGACCCCGGGACAGACACCUCAGCACAGAGGGAGGCUCUUCGCAGUGGGACUGUGCGUUCGCCAUCGCCUGUGGUAGAAGAGCCUCGCAAGCCAACCGGCCAUCCCUAG